AACUGUAGCCAUAUAGAGGCUGAGAGAAUCCUGUGGACGUCCUGGCUCACUGGGAUUAGGUUGAAUGAGUUGGCUAUAAACAGUUUGCCUUACAUAACAGCUAGUAAUUCAGUAAGCACUGUGUAAACUAACUCUCAAAUUUAUGCUAAAAACGAAAGGCAUAAUUUCAAAUAGCCUACAGUCUCGCAUAGUGGAGUAUUUAAUUUUUCUCAUCGGAAAGGUGUCAAGUGUCAGUCGUUACGUAGAUUAGCGCAAACUAACAGCUACACUCAUUAUGUCAGUAGUAGGUAUUGAUGUGGGUUUCCAAAAUUGUUACAUCGCUGUUGCCAGAAGCGGCGGCAUUGAAACCAUUGCCAAUGAAUACAGCGACAGAUGUACACCGUAAGUAUACCAUUGACACUAUAUAGAAUGGGACUGUGCGCAAUGUUUGCGACUGGGAUGCGCGCUGUAGCCUACCUGAUGGCGUAGUGAUCAAAUGCUCCCACGAUGAAUGUUUCAUGUGUAAUUAUGAAUAUCUUACAUUGGAGGAUGACAUUACAUUGGAAAGUAUUUUUUCUUCAAUGUACAUGCGUAGCCUAUUGAUUGGUCUAUUUUCAGUUUUGCGUAUUACAACGUUAUAACGUCGUCUCCAUUCUCAUAAGUCUUUGUUACAUGUUCAUUUACCUAAUGGCCUCUCUUAAUAAUUGCAGCAGUAUACGUAUGUGGCCUUUUUGGUCUUAUCUUACACUUUUCUAUCCUAUCCUGUUCUGAAACAUGAUUUUUAAGGCUUGGUGAUAGCCUACGCCCAAAUAUGGCCAAAUUGUUCAGUAUGAAAAUGUUGUUGAUUUUUUUCUAUAUCUCAUGUCAUAUCGUUUUUUUUUAUGAAUAUGUCUACAUUACUCUAUUUUUCAAAUAAGAUAUGUUGUGUUGUCCUUUUUUCAAGGCAGGCCCAUGCAAUGAGUGUCAACAAAAUGUAGGCAAUAUCGCAUUUUAUUUCUUGCGAACAUCAUUGCAUUUGGUGGGACUUGACUGCUGUUGUACAUUCUUGCUCUUAGACAUAAGAGUAUGACAAAAUCCCAUGUGGACAGAAUAAUUUGAACAAAGAUCAAUAUAGGCUAUAGAUGGGCUGCUUGUAAGCCUACUGUAGCCUAUGUGAAUGUGACUAUCAUACACACGUAAUGACAUUGGAAGAGGUGACUGAAAACAUGGGUAUUCACAUGGGGCCUUAUGGCCUAAAGCACAUCAAAUCAGACACCAAGUUUAGUUGACACCAAUUCCUCUCAAAACUGCAAGACUACCCCUGCUCCACCUAACAGGCCACUGUGCAAGGUGCACCAAUACUCUGAGUGAGAGGGAAUGUAAUGACCUGGGUUUUAUUACAGCCUGCUCUUGCAAAUAACUAAACUGACAUCAGAGCAACUGCAGGCAUCUUUUUCUAUGCAUAGUCCAUGCUCACAUUGCCAAUUGUGAAUAACCCCAAACAUAACAUAGCAUUGCAAUGCCAGAACUCUUAAAAUGUAUUUGAUGAUGAGGAGGAGAGGGAAGAGGGGGAGGUGGAGGAGAGCGAGACCUUUGAUGCCAGUUGAUGGAAUUGAUAUUUUCAUUCAAGGAACCUGGAUCACUCUUUGUCAGCAACACAAUGAGCUGAUGCCGGAAGUGUGUCAGUUAAAUUAGUUUAAAAAGUGAUAUUAUAAAUGAGUACGAAUUCAUCGGAAUCUUCUUCCCGAAAAGGUCUGAAGCUUCUGCGCAUGUGCAGGAUUCUCUACUUUAUGCACAGUCUCUGCUCUACUCGUUCAGUUGCCCAGAGAACAGGCUACUAUUUUAAAUAUUUGAAGGUGAACUGUUCUGUCUUACUGCCCUAAUUCGUAGUACUUUCACAGACUCCCUUGUGAAAUUCACUUAAUAAUCUGCAGAUUUUCAACCUCCAUCAUUCUAAACUGGUAUUCUUCUUUCUAUGUCAAUCUAUCUUGUAGCCUACUAUUAACCAUUAGGACUAUAGUAUAUUUUUUAUGUAUUUAUUUGUUUUGGUUCCCCAGGGCUUGGGUGUCUCUGGCCUCCAAAAACCGCACCAUUGGAAAUGCAGCCAAGGGUCAAGUAAGAGAAUCAAAUGAGAAUAGAUUUUAUAGUGCUAGUUUUGUGCAAAUGUAAUUUUCCAGAUAAAUACUUUUUGGGAAAUUAUUAAAUUGGUCAGGAUCAAAUCACAUGUGAGUAAAUAACCCAGUUUUAUUUCAGAUUAUAACAAACUUCAAAAACACAGUCCAUGGCUUCAAGAAGUUCCAUGGCAGAGCGUUCGAUGACACAUAUGUCCAGGGGGAGAAACCCAAGUUGCCUUACAGCUUGCACAAGCUGGCCAAUGGCAACACUGGAAUCAAGGUAAGACCACUGUACACAUUUCCACUCUGUUCCCUUUUCACUGCACUCCAUUUCUAUUGUGUUCUCUUUAGCUCCAUCACCCCAUGGUCCAUUGUCACUAUGUACAGUACCAUUAUUAUAUUGCUCAGUUGUUUGUAUUUUCCACUGUAUUUGACCUCCAAACCAUAUUUUUUAACCAGCACUGACACCAUCACCAUCAGCUGGUUUUGUUAUUGUCUACAUCAGGGGUUCCCAAACUUUUUCACUCAGGACCCCCUUACAGCACUGGGGAACAUCUCGCUCCCCCUUGCGCGCCACAUCUAUUUCUAUGGGCACAAGCACUGUUCAUGACACAAACUGUUCACACCCCUCUUGUUGGUGUAGAGAACAUUUAGGAGGUAUAAAGCUUAUUUCCUACAAUUCUACACAUUUUGUAAUGGGGGGGGGGGGGGGGCAGAGAAAAUAUUGUAGUUUUAAAGCUGCUUACAGUUCUAUACAUUUUGCCAUGUCUAAUGUGUAUUCAUGGGAUAUUGAGUGACUCAAACAUCACCAUAAAAUCUAUGGACUAAAAAAGCUAGCUAAGAAACAUUAGCUGACAUGGGCUAGUUGAUCUGUACAUUUCUGAGAAGUUAUAAAUAGCACUCUAAGGUAUGCAAUGACUGACAUGACAAGAGGAAAACUGAUGAUGCACUACCCAAUUUCGAAAUUGCACCUUGUGAAUUCUAUUAUUACAACUUUCAAGAGUAAGUUGAAAGCCAGACUGAGUUCCUUAUUUUUUUAUUUUUUUGGGGGGGGGUGACCCCCCACCCCCCUGCCGACCCCACAGUUUGGAAACCACUGUUCUAAAUGAUCUAAAUUAAAACUGUGUCCCAUUCAUAGGUGCGUUACCUGGAUGAGGACAAAGUGUUCACAAUUGAGCAGGUAACAGCAAUGCUGCUGACCAAGCUGAAGGAAACUUCGGAGAGUGCCCUCAAGAAGCCAGUUGUGGACUGUGUGAUCUCUGUGAGUGACAACAAUAUAUUGCAAUACACUGCAAAUGAAAAUAGUCAACAUAAUAACAAUAUAGCUACUGCACAUGUGAAUAUACCAUGAAACUAACCAUAGUAAUUUUCCCAUCCCAUUUCAAGUUUAUUAUUUUCUAACAAGAGUUUUGUUUCAUAGGUUCCAAGUUUUUUCACCGAUGCAGAGAGGAGGUCUGUGAUGGACGCCACCCAAAUUGCAGGGUUGAACUGUCUGCGUUUGAUCAAUGACACCACAGCAGGUCAGUGAUUCCCACACGGUCUUUAGAUUUAUUGAUUCUAGUUGUCUAAAGCAUUAAUGUGUAUUUAAUUGUUUCAUAACACAUUUUGUAUUUCUACCAACAACUUUAUUUGAUUAGGGAAUAUGAUUAUCCCAAAAUAGGCUGGGGUUCCCUAGAGACUGCAGUUUUGCAAGUCUUUGUUUUCUCACCUGUAAUCAGCAGGCACUGAUAUUCACAGAGGGCACUUGAAAAGGCCCUUGUAGGAGCAAUGUGUAGGCCUAUAAGCUGCACAAACAUAUAAUCAUAUUAUGUGAUAUUAGGUUUAGGGUACCAAAAUGACUUUAUAACACAUACAGUACCAGUCAAAAGUUUGGACACACCUACUAAUUCCAGGGUUUUUCUUUAUUUUUACUAUUUUCUACAUUGUAGAAUAGUAGUGAAGACAUCAAAACUAUGAAAUAACACAUAUGGAAUCACGUAGUAACCACAAAAGUGUUAAACAAAUCAAAAUAUAUUUUAUAUUUGAGAUUCUUCAAAUAGCCACCCUUUGCCUUGAUGACAGCUUUGCACACUCUUGGCAUUCUCUCAACCAGCUUCAUGAGGUAGUCACCUGGAAUGCAUUUCAAUUAACAGGUGUGCCUUGUUAAAAGUUAAUUUGUGGAAUUUAUUUCCUUAAUGCGUUUGAGCCAAUCAGUUGUGUUGUGACAAGGUAGGGGGGGUAUACAGAAGAUAGGCCUAUUUUGUAAAAGACCAAGUCCAUACUUUGGCAAGAACAGCUCAAAUAAGCAAAGAGAAAUGACAGUCCAUUAUUACUUUAAGACAUGAAGGUCAGUCAAUCCGGAAAAUGUCAAGAACUUUGAAAGUUUCUUCAAGUGCAGUCGCAAAAAACAUCAAGCGCUAUGAUGAAACUGGCUCUCAUGAGGACCGCGACAGGAAUCAAAUACCCAGAGUUACCUCUGCUGCAGAGGAUAAGUUCAUUACAGUUACCAGCCUCAGAAAUUGCAGCCCAAAUAAAUGCUUCACGGAGUUCAAGUAACAGACACAUCUCAACAUCAACUGUUCAGAGGGGACUGUGUGAAUCAGGCCUUCAUGGCCGAAUUGCUGCAAAGAAACCACUACUAAAGGACACCAAUAAGAAGAAGAGACCUGCUUGGGCCAAGAAACACAAGCAAUGGACAUUAGACCGGUGGAAAUGUGUCCCUUGGUCUCGAGUCCAAAUUUGAGAUUUUUGGUUCCAACCGCUGUGUCUUUGUGAGACGCGGUGUGGGUGAACGGAUGAUCUCCGCAUGUGUAUUUCCCACUGUAAAGCAUGGAGGAGGAGGUGUUAUGGUGUGGGGGUGCUUUGCUGGUGACACUGUCUGUGAUGUAUUUAGAAUUCAAGGCACACUUAACCAGCAUGGCUACCACAGCAUUCUAUAUGCCAUCCCAUCUGGUUUGGGGUCAGUGGGACUAUCAUUUGUUUUUCAACAGGACAAUGACCCAACACACCUCCAGGCUGUGUAAGGGCUAUUUGACCAAGAAGGAGAGUGAUGGAGUGCUGCAUCAGAUGACCUGGCCUCCACAAUCCCCCGACCUCAACCCAAUUGAGAUUGUUUGGGAUGAGUCGGACUGCAGAGUGAAGGAAAUGCAGCCAACAAGUGCUCAGCAUAUGUGGGAACUCCUUCAAGACUGUUGUAAAAGCAUUCCAGGUGAAGCUGGUUGAAGGAAUACCAAGAGUGUGGAAAGCUGUCAUCAAGGCAAAGGGUGGCUAGUUUUUGUUUACUACAUGAUUCCAUAUGUAAUAUUUCAUAGUUUUGAUGUAUUCACUAUUAUUCUACAAUGUAAAAAAUAGUAAAACUAAAGAAAAACCCUUGAAAGAGAAGGUGUGUCCAAACUUUUGACUGGUAGUGUACAUUACUUAUUCAUUUCCAUCCACUAAGAUGCUCUUAUUCAUGCAGUGGUGUAGUGUAGUGUUAUUCAUUAGAGUGUCUGUCUCAUAUUGUUGUUUCUAAAUGGCAGUGGCCCUGGCCUAUGGGAUCUACAAGCAGGACCUGCCCACCCCAGAGGAGAAGCCACGCAAUGUGGUGUUCGUGGACCUUGGACAUUCAUCAUUUCAGGUCUCCAUAUCAGCCUUCAACAAAGGCAAACUCAAGGUGGGUUUUUCUUCCUAAAGUACUGAAGUCUCUCACUAUUUUUCACCUGUCUUUUUCAUUAUUUCUUCCAUAUUUAACCCCAAACUGUCUGGUCAAUUAACCAGGUCCUGGCCACAGCCUUUGACCCCUACCUUGGUGGGCGUAACUUUGAUGAGGCACUUGUGGAUCACUUCUGCGAGGAGUUCAAGGCAAGGUACAAGCUGAACGUGAGGGAGAACCCCAGGGCUAUUCUGCGGCUGUCUCAGGAAUGUGAGAAACUGAAGAAGUUGAUGAGCGCCAACUGCUCUGACCUUCCCAUUAACAUCGAGUGCUUCAUGAAUGACAUUGAUGUGACAGGCAAGAUGAACAGGUACACAUAUGGAUUUGUGACUCCUUCGUUUAGCUUCCUAUAGUCUUAGAGAUUUAUAUGCAUUAAUGAUAAUUCCACUUUCCCCCUUCCUUUUAAUUUUCAGAGUCCAGUUUGAAGAACUUUGUGCACCAUUUCUGAUGAGAGUAGAGGCACCAUUGAAAGCAGUUAUGGAACAAUCAAGUAUGUCAUUUUUAUCAAAUCGAAUUUGAUUUAGUGGUGACAGUACAAUAUAAUUCAACAGUAACCAGAACAUGUAUUAUUUGAUCCUCUCUGUGUGUGUGUGUUUUGUGUCAGAGCUGAGCCGGGAUGAGAUCUAUGCAGUGGAGGUGGUAGGAGGAGCCACCAGGAUCCCUUCCAUUAAAGAGAGGAUCUCCAAGUUCUUUGGCAAAGAUGUUAGCACCACACUCAACGCAGAUGAGGCUGUGGCACGGGGCUGUGCUCUUCAGGUACUCCCCUAUCCUCUUACAGAGAUGGAAACUUCAGCCAUCAAUUGUAUAUGAUUUGCUGUAAUAUUCAGUGUGUAACAAAGUGAUUGUGUGUUUGUGUUUGUGUCCUUGUUUGGGUGUGUGUUUGUUUAUGUGUGUGUGUUUAGUGUGCAAUUCUGUCACCAGCGUUUAAGGUGCGUGAAUUCUCUAUCACUGAUGUGGUUCCCUUUCCCAUCACCCUGCGUUGGAAGUCCCCCACAGAAGAUGGAGUUGGGUAAGGGCACCUACUCAGCUGGCUCUAUAGAGAAACAUGCAUCUGUAGGUACUGUGUUGUUUGUAGUAAGAUGAGCAGAUAUUACAACUCAGUGUUUGCCUCUAUGUUUGUCUUGACCUCAUUCAACACCACUGUCUGUUCUACAGAGAAUGUGAGGUGUACAGUAAGAACCAUGCAGCACCCUUCUCCAAAGUCAUCACCUUCCACAAGAAGGAGCCCUUUGACUUGGAAGCAUUCUACAGCCUCCCACAGGAGCUGCCUUACCCGGACAUCAGGAUAGGUACACCUGCUUAUUCAACUCAGGCCUCUGCAGUUCAUAGAGAUCUUCUUCCAUCUUUGAUGUACCUGUUCAAGGAAUUGGAAGGUGGUCUCACUAAACGUAACAAAUUUAGCUGGAACACCCGGAUGUCACUUCGCUAUUCUGCCUUGAGAUCCCCUUACAAGACAGAGCAGUGUGCUCUAUGGAAUUCAGCUCCUAUAUGUCUGUAAUGGCCAUCUGCAAGUGUUCCUUGGUGGCCAGGCUGAUGAUGAACACUUAAACCCUAUAGUGGGGGUCUCCCACCUGGCUGGUAAUUAGGACUCAGGCUGAAUCUCCCAUGGAAGACUGCGUCCCUAUGAGUCACAGGAGUCUUUUACAGAGCCGAGCUGUGUGUGUGUGUGUGUGAGUGUAUGCAUUAUAAGGGGGUGUCUCAGAUGGGAUUUCAGUUUAGAAGAAGUGCAAUUACUAGCUAAUCAGACCUCGUCCUCCUGCCCCUGUCUCUGAUGGACAUGUCAAUUCUCCAGUGUGUUUGUGUAAUUUCAGGUGUGGCAUUUGAACAUCUCUCUCCCUCCAUCCCUUUCUCUCUUGCUUUCUCAGGGAGUUUUUCUGUGCAGAAUGUGGUGCCACAGCCUGAUGGAGAGAGCUCCAAAGUGAAGGUCAAAGUGCGCGUCAAUGUGCACGGCAUCUUCAGUGUUUCCAGCGCCUCCCUGAUCGAGAAGCAGAAGGGUGAAGGAGAGGAUGUUCAGAUGGACAUGGAACCCACUGUGCAGAAUGAAGGAAGGCCAGAGGACCAGGUAAGAGAGAGAGGAGGAGAGAAGAUUCACCUGAAUUUCACAUCAGCAACUUCACCCUAUUUUAAGAUUUCAGAGCGCAUGGCAAAGAAGCUGUUGUUUAAUCUUCCCAAUUGAAUGUCUUAGGUCAAAGACUUAAAGCACUGAUAUGACUUAAUGUCUUACUCUAUGUGGCUAUUUUCACUCAAGCCCAUUUUCUCUCAAUUCCUGGCUGAAGCUGCACCCCUGUCCUCUCAUUGAAGAUGACACCUUUAACUAUAUGGAGGAGGUUUGUGGUCACUGUGUGUGGUUAGCCCUCACUCCAAUCCCUUUUCAUACUCUACUUCACCCUCUGCGAGGUGAAGUCCAAUGCUGGUCUCAUCUGUGGAGCACUGGUCUCACUAAGGUUCAUCACAGUGAGCCUGAGGGUGUGUUUGUAUAACUAGGCUUGGCAGUGUGUGACGCCAAAGGAUACAUGAAGCCAGUGGAAUAGCUAUUAAGAUGAAUAUACUUUCCACAUCUUCAUAGCGCUAUCCUUCACAAGCUGUGCUGUACCUAUGUCUGCUAUAAAAAAUCAUCCUCCACUCCUUUGAUAUUAUCAAUAUGUCAGUGUAUUUGAAUGUGUUACUCAUACAGAUCAUAACAUUCUAAUUGGCAUCUUUGAACAGUAGAUAUUUUUAUUAGAAUAAAGCAACUGUCCAGUGAAAAUCAUAUUCUGUUAACUCAUACCCAAAUAACGUUGUUGACGCAUAUUUGUGGCCAAAGCAUAAAUUGGAGAAGAAACACUUCAAAAACACCACCUCAAACUUGUAUCUCAAACGGAACGUUUAAAAAAUGCUUGCUAUUUCCUCAUAGAGGAUGAUGUCAUCUGAGGAGGAUGAGCUGGCCAAACAGUGGUCUACUCACAUGAAUAUUUUUAAUGACAGGUAUACACCCACACCAUUCUGUUGUUGGGGUACUCCCACACCAUUCCAACACAGAAAAGCUGCUUUUUAACAUACUUAAUUACCAUAUUUUGGAAGGAAAACGAUUUCACUCAUAUUGUAUGUCAUAGAAAUCUGGAAACACUGGACAGUUACUUUAACAGGAGGGGUGUGCAGCUUGAAGUAAGCUGGUUUAGAUAGACAUAGGUGUAACAUAAUUAAUUAUACUACUAAGGUGGUCCAUGAGUCAAAGCUACUGUAAGUAGAGCAGCCAGGCAUUGAUUGUAAGAUUCAGGUGAUGUUGCUGUGAGGGUGUCCUACUGUCUCAGACUAAAAUGCAGGUGGACCAGGAGAGUCAAGGCCAGGGGGACCAGCAGAAUGAGGAAGUCAGCUCCUGCAGUAAGGUGAAUAAGAAACUAUAAUUACACUUAAACCUUUAUGUAUUGUGAAACACUGAGAACCAAUAUAAGAGUUGGAACUGAUUUAUUUGUUUAAUCUCCCAACAAAGGAGAGAGUCCCUGGUGAGAAGCAGGACCCAGCAGCAGGGGGAAGCAAGCCCAAAGUCAAAGUGAAAAGCACUGACCUUCCCAUCCUGGCCAACACCAUCAGACAGCUGGACAGGGGAGUCCUCAAUGACUUUGUGGAGUAUGAGGUGAGUCACUCUUAGGGCCUCCCCAGCAGCUGAGUCCUAUUCUCAUUGUAAUGCUGGUCGCCUCGACCCAGGGGAAAAGACUUCGACCCUGAGGAAAGCUUAUUGUAAAGUCAAACUUACCUGCCUUGUUUAGUUCAAAGACAUAAAACAUUAGUAGUAGGGGUUUCUGUAGGAAGGUUAAUAAUCUGAACCAGCUUUGGAAAUGUAAUGGCAAGUUCUGCAUUAGUUGUCUCAUUCAUGUUUGACCUAUGUUGUACACUUCUACAAAACUGUGGUAGAUGAUGUACCUCACUGUGUCCUAUAUUUCUGUGUGGCUGGAUUCCAUUGAGCCGCCUGGGAGUGCGUAUUAGAGAAGGCGGAAGGCUGAUUUUGGCUCUCAGCACAUGCGCCUCACUUUGUCUCUCCCUCCUUUUCUCUCUGUCCUUCAGGGCCAGAUGAUCGUCCAGGACAAGCUGGAGAAAGAGAGGAAUGAUGCUAAAAAUGCUGUGGAGGAAUAUGUGUACGACCUGCGGGACAAACUGUGUGGCAUCUAUGAGAAGUACACCACUGUGGAGGUAAGAACCUAGAUGAACAUAUUCCUUUCAACUAAUAAAUAAAUACUGCCACAUUGAACAAAGAACAAGUCUUUGCAAUACAUAAUGUGUUUGCUAAUACCUGUUUUGGCCUUUCUCAUCAUCCAAAAAGGACAGUAAUCGUCUGACAAUGAUGCUCGAGGACACAGAGAACUGGCUUUAUGAGGAGGGAGAGGACCAAGCCAAACAGGUCUAUGUGGACAAGCUGGAAGAUCUCAAGGUUAGAGUUCAUUUAGCAUAAAGGACUUAUAUCCAGCCUCUGCCUGCAACCAUCUGCUAUUAUGGCAGUUCUGAAAUCAGGAGCAAGAUACGUGAAUAAUAAACAAAUGUUUUUGGGGCAUUUAGGUGAACAGUGUCAUCUCCAUUUGAAAACAUUAACCUCCGUUUGAAGGUUUAGGUACGUGACUCAGCAUUUUUUUGAGUGAUUUGACUGAUGUGAUUUGACUGAUGUCCUUUUCCAGAGGUUUGGCCAGCCCAUUCAGGACAGGCACAGGGAGCAGGAGGACAGGCCGAGAGCAUUUGAAGAGAUGGGCAAGAAGAUCCAACUCUAUAUGAAGGCUGUGGAGCUUUAUAAACAGAAGGUAAAAAAUGGAAUCAUUUUCAGCAUCCUUUCAUCCUUGAGCAUCUUUGAGAUCUCUUUGUUUUUUGGAUUGCACUGAUGUCAGAAAAGGCAUUAUCAUGCUCUUGCGUGCUUGUUCUCUCCUACUUUAGAAACAUUGAACCCAUUCUAUUUCUAUGAUUCGAACCACCAAUGGUUUCGCUUCUCUGUGGGAAUAUGGUUUCUGUGAUGUCAUUACAGCUCAGUGUGAGAUGCAUUGAAAUGAUGCUGAGACCAUUUACAAUGCCACUUUUUCUCUGUGAACUACUACACCACUGCUCUGUUGGGAUUGUGCUAAUUACUUUCCCUGUAUUACCUUUGCCAUAUUCAGUACACUCCGUUUUACUUGUUUAGUUUUAUCAGUCCUCUGGGGCCUGUACACACUUUUCAAAACUGGUUAGGUCAAUGUCAUAGUAAUUUUAUGAGCAAUUGUGACACUAUCUGUUCUAGGACUGAAUCUGUCUCUGGGUUUAAACCAGGAUAUAUGUAAUAACCGAUCUGUGAAAUUUAGAUUAAUUAAUUAUUUUGUGAGGGCAUAGAUUAGGUAAUUUACAUAAGGAGAUAGAGGUGUGCUAUCUCUAAUUGUGUUGUUUCCUAUCUACACUCAGGAUGAACGUUACCAGCAUCUGAAUGCUGAGGAGAUGAGCAGCGUGGAGAAGUGUGUAAAUGAAAGCAUGGGCUGGAUGAACAGCAAGAUGAACGCCCAGAGCAAACUCACCAUUGCCCAGGACCCAGUCGUCAAAGUAGCAGACAUAAUUUCCAAAAUACAGGUGUGUGUGAUAAGUGGGUAUGAUUCAACCAUAUGACAUGCUAUUGGCACAUCGUCACCAGGUACUUAUUGUUUUAAUAAUACUGCAUAUUCCUAUCUUCCAUUUAUACCUAUACUUUAGGAACUGGAUGAAGUAUGCAACCCAGUGGUCAACCGGCCGAAGCCCAAAGCAGAGGAUAUGUCAGAGGAGAACUACAAGAGCAACGGGGCCCAUAACGGCCCAAGGCAAGGAGCUGACGGGAAGGGAGAGGCAAAGGGAAGCAACCAGACAAAGCCUCCCUCAGGAGAGAUGGAAAUUGACUGAGCCCCUCUCUGCCAAACAAGCUCUGCUGCCAUCACUUUAGCUCCCAUCAGAGCAGGUCUACCCAAACAUACAUAGUAUAGCCGGGACCAUUUUUCCAUGUCCACCACCACUCAGCGGGCUGUUUUGUGCAUUUGUAUUCAGCGUCCCCCUGUUUGAUUUGUACCUUUUUAUCUUUUUUUGACUUUCCCUUGUAUGUUACAACGGUGCGCUCCUCCUUCAGAGGUUAGACAAUACCUUAUAUAGUCAUUAACUGUAAGAUUAGAUAUAGAUUAAAACAAUGCUGGCUCUCCCAAAAAUAGUUUUUCCAAACCAUACGUGUUUGCAUUUCAAAAGUCAAGCAGAUCUCUAAGGUGACUCUUAUUGCACAUAACCUUGUAGUGGAACAUAAGUAGAAUUACUGUCUGAACAA